AUGUCUUCCUGGGUGGAAGGCAGCGAUGACACAUUCCAUUCUCCAAUAUCCUUGCACUCCUCGUCGGAUACUUUUCAUCGCUUCUACGUCUGUCUAAACUGUCACAACUUCCGAAGGAAAAUCGCCCAAGAACGGCAAAAGCGUAGUCCCAAAAGCCCCCCCCCCCCCCCCCCCCCCCCCCCCGACCCUCGUCCCACACGCACGGAUACAAGAGGGACCACCCACGCGCCAUCCCGGUUCCCGCCAAAGCGAGCGCGCCGGAACGACGACAGGACGGAGGCGAUUUGUCGCACAAAAAAAAAUUUGCCCACGAUCAAGUGCGAGCCGCGAAUUGCGCUUCCGGCGCGGCGGACAAACUCUGCAAUAUCCGAUGUCUCGACGCCAUCGUGGAGCUACGUAGAGAAUGGCGUC